CGCCAGGCCGCGGAGCGCCGAUCGGCUCGAUGAGCGGGGGCGCAGCUGCGGCGGAGCGGCGGACGCCGAGUCCGCGCCCACUGUCUCCCCCUCCCCGUUUUCUUUCUGCGCUUCCCACUCCUUCCCCCGCCCUCCCAGCGCUGUCGGCCCCGGAGAGCUGCCCGGAGCUCCCCGGGAGACUCAGGUGGCGAAUACUUGUUCUGCUGGGAAACAGAGAAGUACCUCUUGAGUAAAAAAUAUGCCUCCCAAGUUCAAGCGCCACCUAAAUGACGAUGAUGUCACUGGUUCUGUGAAAAGUGAAAGGAGAAAUCUUUUGGAAGAUGACUCAGAUGAAGAAGAAGACUUUUUUCUAAGGGGACCAUCUGGACCAAGAUUUGGACCUAGAAAUGAUAAAAUUAAGCAUGUUCAGAAUCAGGUGGAUGAAGUUAUUGAUGUCAUGCAAGAAAAUAUUACAAAGGUAAUUGAAAGAGGGGAGAGACUAGAUGAACUACAGGACAAAUCAGAAAGCUUAUCGGAUAAUGCAACUGCUUUUAGCAACAGAUCGAAACAACUUCGAAGGCAAAUGUGGUGGCGUGGAUGCAGAAUAAAAGCCAUCAUGGCUUUGGUUGCUGUUACCCUUUUGCUAGUGAUUAUCAUUCUUAUAGUCAUGAAAUACCGUACUUGAUUUGGUGACAGAGAUCUUCAUUACGCAAGAUCUGGGACAACAAUAAUAAAAGAUUGCUGCAUAAUUUAAAUGAAACCCAUGUAUAUAACUUUCAAAACUUCUUUUUCAAGAAACUAAGAGGCAAGUAUCACUUCAAAUUGGAGCAUUGAGAAUGUCCAGUUAUCUUCUUCCCUUCUAACAAAAUGUGUCUUUAAAAAUUAUGUUUAAGGCAAAGAUAGCCAGCCUCUAUUUUGCCAUAUUCCAAGGAUCUAAUUUGAAACCGGAUACUUGCCAGUUUAUUGUUUGUAUACAUAAUUAAACAGUGAUGACGAUACUGCAGACUGUUAGUAGAAGGACCUGCAUUAUCGCAUCGACCUGGGGUCAGACCGGGAGUCCAGAAAGAAGCCCAUGGAGAGCACCAGAUCAUUGUGCUAAGACACGCACCGUCGUUCCAUCGGUAUUUGCAAGAUUCUUCCCACAUUACAGUUGCUUUGCGAGCAAUUUCCACGUUUAUGGGCGUAACAAAAGCUAAAUGUCGUAAAUGUUGCUGCCUUCAGCUAUAACUAAAACAUUCCAGUAAACCUAUUUUUGACUGUAUAAGGGAAUGUGUAGUAAUUUUUUGGCAUUUGGAUUAUGGAACUGGAAAAUUUAAACAAUAUGAAAAGCAUAGUAUGGCACCAUAAACCUGGAGAUAAUAAAAUUCUUGGAGAACAUCA